CAGGCCUGGGCAGAUGAUGUGGCAGCUAGAAAGAGAUUCGGAUCCAGUGACCCAAGUAACCCAGCAUUCAGAACAGGUGGGGAGAACUUGUACCUGAGUUACGUAACCAGAGGCCUACUACCACCUCCUCCAGCUCAGUGUGCAAGUGCGGUAAAAGCUUGGUAUGAUCAGAUAUCGGACUAUGAUUAUGCUAACCCGGGGUUCAAUGAUACAACGAAAAGCUUUACUCAGGUAGUUUGGCAGAACUCUAUACAGGUUGGGUGUGGAAGUUCAAGUUACGAAAACACUGUCAGAAUUUCAGUGACAUUUUGCCAGUACACACCCGCGGGGAACGUCAUAGGACAGGUUGCUGACCAAGUAAAGCCUCUGGCGUAAACUAUGGACCCUAUACUCGAAAGAUCAUGGAUGAAAUGGAAGACAAGUACAGGGUGACCAUAAAACAGUCCCCCCCAAAAAGGAAAUAAUUUCUUUAGUAUGUAAUCAGCUUCAUUUUUAUGUAUAGAAACUACAAUCUAUGGAUCACCGUGUGAGUCCAUAUCUGUAAUAUAACAUUCAAUAUUCUUCUUGUCAUGGUCAAUUAUAAAUGUGCACCUUUUGAAAGAAACGAAAAUGAAAGGCUAUUGUGUCAACCAUAAGGUCACAAAUCGUUUGUUCAACCCAUCGCAUUCUCUUUAGCUUCUUGUAAAGCUGCAUUUUGUGAGUAUAGAAGUUGAGAGCACUGAUGAGGAACUGAUUCAGUAACCUUUAAGUCAUCUUUAGCUAUGGCUGCACCUUCAUAUUUUUAAACUUAUGACGUACACGGACCUGGGGACAAUUCGGGAAAUACGGGGUAAUCUCAGCUUUAAGCGUUAAUAUCUGCCUUAUUUAAAAAGCUAACUAUGUGCAUC